UCUCCUCUUCGAGUAAGACGAUGUUAUGAAAGCCGUGAGAUCUCAAAGAUGUAGUUUAUACAAUUCCUGAUAUUUAUUUUUCAUUUCUCUGCCAUUAAAGGAUCGUAGGAGCAGCAGUCGUGGGCGGCCUCAUGAGUCCAAUUCAACGUCUCUUCUGGCUUCUAUGUGUCCUGAACCUGGUCUUGGCCACCAGUUCUGGUUCUGAUCCUCAUGGCAGUAAUGACACACUGAGCCAUGAGUACUGUGUGCUGGGAGCCGGACCCGCAGGGCUCCAGAUGGGAUAUUUUCUCUCCAUGAGGCAGAGAGAUUACAUCAUACUGGAGCGAAACUCUGGACCGGGCAGCUUCUUCAACAUAUAUCCUCGCCACAAAAAACUCAUCAGCAUAAACAAAAUUUACACCGGGAGGCGGAACAGAGAGUUCAAUCUGCGCCAUGAUUGGAACUCUCUGUUGAGCGACAGGCCCGACCUCCUGUUUCAGCGAAUAAGCAGAGAGCUUUAUCCAAAUGCUGAUGACUACCCACGCUAUCUCUCGCUGUUUGAACAAGAGCUGGGACUGAAGGUUAAAUAUGGAGUUGAUAUUGGGAGAAUUAAAGCAUUAGGUUUUCGUGGAGACCAAGGCUAUGUCCUGACCGAUCAGAAUGGUGUCCGUUAUCAGUGCCGUGUCCUGCUGGUGGCCACUGGCCUUUGGGUUCCACAGCAGGUGGAUUUUCUCGGUUCUGACCUGGUGGAAGGUUAUGAGUCUAUUCCCACCGAUCCUGAAGAGUUUAAAGACCAAGCUGUGUUAAUCCUCGGCAAGGGAAACUCUGCCUUCGAGACGGCACAGAGCAUCUUGGGUAGAGCAAGCCGGAUUCACCUGUACAGCCCCAGUCCUGUACGACUGGCAUGGCAAACGCACUACGUUGGGGACCUCAGGGCAGUGAAUAAUGAGUUAUUAGACACAUACCAGCUGAAAUCUCUGGAUGGUCUAGUAGAGGGAAGACUGGAUGAUAUUGCCAUUGUCCGUAGGGUAAACAACGAGGGAAAAAGAAGGACGGGAAAUAAAACAAGCGGAAAAUCUCUAAAAGCAAAAGAGCAGCUUUAUUUAACUCUGUCUGAACUUUUGGACAACCAGAAUGGCAACAAGAGUUCAAACGUCACAGCGCAAAAUCUACCUGGGUACCAUACUGAUAACUUCUCGCUCAGACAGCCGUAUGACCGAGUGAUCCGAUGCCUGGGCUUCCGUUUCAACUUCUCCAUUUUCGAUGGAUCUGCACAACCCCCUCAAUGCAGUGGUGCCCGAGGCCGGCUGCCAGGGGUAACAGCCUGGUACGAAGGCAGAGGGACGCCCAACUUGUUUGUGCUCGGCACGGCGGCCCACUCCAGAGACUAUCGUCUGUCAGCUGGAGGAUUUAUUCAUGGCUUUCGCUACACAGUACGAGCUGUUCAUAAAGUCCUGGAGCAACGUUAUCAUAACAUUGCUUGGCCCGCUACAAAGUUACCCAUCAGUCAGCUGCAGUCAUGGAUUCUUAAAAGGGUGAAUGAAGCUUCAGGGCCGUACCAGAUGUUUGCGCUACUGGGAGACAUUAUUCUACUGCGAGGGUCUCACUGUGAAUAUCUGGAGGAGUUUCCUUUACAGGCCCUGUCCCAGCUGUCUGCACUGUCUGGGCGUCAUGUUUCAGAACAUGGGCUCAUGGUCUUGGUCAUGCAGUAUGGACUGAACCACACCGAUACACUAGGACCAGGUCGGGCUGAGUCAGAAUGGACCAAAGCCUGGAGGUCCAACUUCCUCCAUCCAGUAUUGUACUACUACAAAACACUACCUACAGAAAAGGAUAUGAGACAGCGUCCAGUCGGUUGGCCCCUCCCACGACCAGAGGCGGUGCAUCACAUGGUCGAGGACUUCUUAACAGAAUGGGAUCAGCCCAUAUCACACAGUCAGCCUCUCAGACGCUUCCUCGAGUACUGCCUUCAAACUGACCUCAGACCCUUUUAUGCUGAAUCCUGUUUCCUUAUGUCCCUCACCAGUCGUAACCCACCCGUCUUCUGUCGUCAAGGUUACUUAAAAAAGCAGGGCAUUUUAGGCAACAGUCACUUAUGGCAACAUGCCCGUGAGGCAGGACUUAUGCCAGAUCAUCAGGGAGAUGUUCCCCCUGACACAUCAGUUCCCGAAUACCUAACACAUGCUGGUGCUGCUGUCGUCUCAAGGAUCAACUUUGACCUUUGAAGGCCUCAAGACUAAUGAAACCAAAGACAAUCAGUUCUUUUGAGUCUACCUCCAAGUUCUCAUGGUACCUUUUGUAAACCGCAUUUCCCAAGUUUUGCAUGUUGAGAUUAUGAACAUAUGUUCCACCAUAGUUUUUAUAAGCCAAAGUAUUGCUUUGUGUAUUGUUUUACGGUGUUGAGCUUGGUGUGCAAUACCAUGCAUAACUUAUUUUUUACUGUUGUCAAAGGUAUUUUACGAGAAGUAUUUUCAUGAGAGUACUUAAAAUGUUUAAUGGGUAAUACAAAAAGACAUCCAAUAGCCGAGUAUGUGUUUAGGAAUCCUGUUGAAAAUUAAAUCGCUGGUAGAAGUUUAAAUAUUUUGCUGGUGUAUACGUAUAUAUAAUAAUAAUAACAUACAAACACUUUGUUUGAAUAUCACUUUUUAUUGUUUGAAUACUAUUUAAGAAAAUGUCAUUGCUGCUAAUACAGAAUAUAUAUAUAACAUUGCAUUGCAGCGUAUACGUUACAUGAAAAAUAAAAGAGUUUACGGGAUUCAAAACAUAUACUGUUGUAGUAUCUU